AUGGCGUUCGGAUGGCUCGCGCCAAUUCUUACCCCCGCUGCUCUUCGCUCAGUACAAGCCGACGGCCGACCGGUCAUUACGUUAUUUCUUGUCAUCUUCGGUCUCUCGAUAAUGGGCGUUCUGAUCUGGUACGUCCACUUCGUCACGUCGAAAGAUAAUCCGAAGCGGAAAGACCCAAAUGCAAAGAAGGGUGGUCUGCUGGGAUUCCUGAAGAAGUAG